GCAUGUUCUUGCGGAUUUCCCUCAACGUCAUGCGCCUCUUGUUUCCGGAUUCGCGACAGUGAGUCCAGUAGUCGUGGUCCAUCGGGAUGGGGAAGUACAGGAUCAUCACAAAACUCAGGAGUGAGCACUUGCGAACCCAGUUGAUCACAGUGAAGAUGAUCUGGUUGUUUUCAUCGUUUGAGUUAAGCAGUAGUAGUAUUAUUCAUGGGGUAUAUAUAAUAUUAAUAUAUUUUAGUUAUAAGAAAAUUAGUAGCAUUAGUCUAGAUCUGCUAGUACCGUAGGCUUGAGUUAAGAAAGUUGGUAUUUUCAUCGUUUGAGUUAGGUAGUAGGAGUUGUGUACCCAUUAUUCAUGGGGUAUAAUUAGUUAAGAAAAUUAGUAUAAUUAGUCUAGUAUCAUGGUCUACAUCUGCUGCUGUAUUGCUGGUAUAAUUAGUCUAGUCCAUGAUCUAGGUUUGGAACUGUAUGUUACUGGAGUGUAAGCAAUGACUGUGUACAGUAGAGGAUACUACCUCUUGCUAGGUACAUGAAUGAAAGGAUGCAAAUAAAUGAUGCACCAUGUAUGGAGAGGGCUAACACACGGGAUGCUCGCUGGCACAGGUCGCCAAUCCUACGAGCAUCAAGUUCGGGAAGCCAAGCACGAAGCCCCGAUUUCGCCAGAAGCUCUUGCUCCAGUGCCACAAUGCUGGAUGGGGAUACUUCUAGUGGGCAUUUUAAGGCGCGCGUGAUAAUUCAGGAUGGGGAUACUUCUAGUGGGCAUUUUAGGGCGCUCGGUAAUCAUACGAAAGUUCUAAUGCAUUUCCACAGGAGGUGAUUUCUCUCGUCUCAUAUCAAGGAGAUCCACGGGAGUUGGACACAUAUCAAGGACAUCCACGGGAGUUGGAGUACUACUUUAACACAUAUCUUGCUUCUCUUUCACAUACUAGGAUCAUCUUGAGGACAUCACAACAUGAACUCAUCAAGGAAUGAAGUAUCCGGAGCUCGUUCUCUAAUCGUAGGAGUUUCUACUCCGUCAUUAUUGCAGAGCUAUCGCGUGGAUUUCUCCUCCUCCGUCUGCUAAGGCUGAGCGGGGGUUCAGGACACCUCGGACAACUGGUGUCAGUCUAAGCAGGAGAGAGGAGCAGGAGAACUUCAACCUUUGUGUGAACUCUUGCCGUUGUGCAGCAAGUAACAACUUUCUUCGCGUGAAGAAAGAACGUCUUAGAAGGAGUUAUUGUCACUAGUUAUUGUUAUCGGAGAACAAGUUAUUGUCCAGUUAUUGUUAUUCAGAUUCAACAAAACAAUUUCACUGAAUUUAUUAGUUUGCUAUUGCGAUUCAACCUGUGAGCUCAUCAUCGAGCACGACUGCGAAAAAUAUCCAUUGAUUUAUUGUUGCGAAGCCAGCUUCUCAGUAGUUAGUGGAAAAAAAUAUGUUACGACCACGACCAGUGCAUCUGAAAGUCAUUGUCACACAACAUGACCAUGAUGUGCAUAGAACUCAAGACGACUGUCAUUCUUCUACUGAGACUUCAGACAGGAGCGACACUGUCUACUAAGCCAAGAAUUACUAUGUUAGACAAGAUCUUCAUGUGUUGAUCAUAUUUAUAUAUGAUAUCAUCUACUUACCCUGUCAUGGAGGUGGAGCACCAUGCUGUUCCAAUAACAUCUGUACUAUAGGAUUGAGUUUUGGAAGUCUUGAAUGUAGAGAUUCAACAGAGGUGUCUGUUGUAAGCCGUGAGGAGAACACCGAGUCAGGAUGCAAGGCAGAAGUAUUGGGUGCUUGUAUACUGAAGAAUUUCUGCGACAGACCUAUUCUUCGAUCAUGAGAAGUUACUGGCGUUCACUCUGCAUUAUUAUACGCUUCAUCUUGCGAGAGUGAGAUUCAACG